GCGGUGCAUUAGGCUACUUGUGUUCUUACUGCAACUGUCAAGUUAUAACCAUUUAUAACGCGGAUUCUUCAAAUCCGUUCGAGUACUGUGUAGAGAGCGAUACCAGGGCCACUGCUCCCUUCAUGGAAGAAUGUAAGCUUGCCUCCCUGUCCCACCCCCCCAUUAGAAGAGUGGUGGAUUCCACAAUGUUGACUCCCUGCAACAGCAAAUCCAAAUCCUUGCCUGACUCUAUGAGAUGUUUAAGCCCCGCCGUGAAGGCUGAAUCUAUGAUUGAAAGCACAGAUUCCACAGGGGUGGAGCCAAACGCAAGACUCAACAGAAGCUAUGACAUAGCAGAGAGGACAGAGUGGAAGACUUUAUAUGAGAUGACCCAGGAGGAAAAAGACAGACUAUCCAACAUGAAGGAGGAAGUAGAGGAAUGUGAGAAGAGGCAGAGUGUGAAAAUGGAGAGAGAAGAUGGUGUGAGGGAUGACAAGGGACUCAGGAGAGAGCAAGAAAAACCAAGGGAUGAACAGAAUGGGAAGGGUGGAGCUUAUCUAACCUGUCAGACUCACAAAUUUGAGAUUGGAGUGAAAUCAGAAUACGGUCAACAGGACAUGGAUGAGGUGUCCAAUCUGGUCACUGCCUGCCAGCUGAAUCAGCCAAGAGUGGUGAUUUGCAGAAUAAAAAUAACAGGUAAUUCAGUUCCUGAGUCACUAUGUCCCUUCGCCAGGAAAGAAGGCCAGGGAGUGACAUCUCGACAGAGAUGGCAGGAGCUCUCACCAAUUAAGGGAAAGUGUUCACUGAGUCAGAUGGACCAGGUCAUGACUUGGAAGAGAAAGAUGAUUGGCCAGCUGGCAAGACCGCAGAAACACCAGUCGGCUUCAUCAGAGAAUGGGCUCUGUCUUGAAGCCUCCCAUAAGCGGCCAUACCACUGCUCCCAGUGUGAUAAGAGCUUCAAAAAAAUAUCUGAAUUGACAGGCCACACACGAAUCCAUACAGGGGAGCGGCCAUACCACUGCUCCCAGUGUGCGAAGAGCUUUGUCUCGUCAUCGCUCCUGACCAGACACCAGCGAACCCAUACAGGGGAGCGGCCAUUCCACUGCUCCCAGUGUGGAAAGAGCUACAAAUACAAAUCUGAAUUGACAGGCCACACACGAAUCCAUACAGGGGAGCGGCCAUACCACUGCUCCCAGUGUGCGAAGAGCUUUGUCUCGUCAUCACUCCUGACCAGACACCAGCAAACCCAUACAAGGGAGCGGCCAUUCCACUGCUCCCAGUGUGGAAAGAGCUACAAAUACAAAUCUGAAUUGACAGUCCACACACGAAGACAUACAGGGGAGCGGCCAUACCACUGCUCCCAGUGUGCGAAGAGCUUUGUCUCGUCAUCGGUCCUGACCACACACCAGCAAACCCAUACAGGGCAGCGGCCAUACCACUGCUCCCAGUGUGGGAUGAGUUUUAUCUCGUCAUCGAACCUGACCAGACACCAACUAACCCAUACAAGGGAGCGACCAUUCCACUGCUCCCAGUGUGGAAAGAGCUACAAAUACAAAUCUGAAUUGACAGUCCACACACGAAGACAUACAGGGGAGCGGCCAUACCACUGCUCCCAGUGUGCGAAGAGCUUUGUCUCUUCAUCGGUCCUGACCACACACCAGCAAAGCCAUACAGGGGAGCGGCCAUACCACUGCUCCCAGUGUGGGAUGAGUUUUAUCUCGUCAUCGAACCUGACCAGACACCAACUAACCCAUACAAGGGAGCGGCCAUUCCACUGCUCCCAGUGUGGAAAGAGCUACAAAUACAAAUCUGAAUUGACAAUCCACACACGAAGACAUACAGGGGAGAGGCCAUACCACUGCUCCCAGUGUGCGAAGAGCUUUGUCUCGUCAUCAGCCUUGACCACACACCAGCAAACCCAUACAGGGGAGCGGCCAUAACCACGGCUCCCAGUGUUGAAAGAGUUUUUUCUUGUCAUCAAAACUGACCACACACAAGUGAACCCAUACAGGCGAGCGGCCAUACCACUGCUCCCAGUGUGAAAAGAGCUUCAAGUCAAAAUCAGAAUUGUCACACCACACACAAAGACAUAUGGGGGAACGCCCAUACCACUGCUCCCACUGUAAAAAGAGCUUCAAAUUUAAAUAUGAAUUCACAGUCCACACACAAAGACAUACAAGGGAGCGGCUAUACCACUGCUCCCAGUGUG